UUUCUCUCAAGUGUUGUGUUGUCAAUCAGAGCUGAGCCCAAGAACAAGGAAAGGAAGACAAAUAGAGACUGAGAAAGGAAAUUUAGAGAGAGAAAGAUAGAGAGCAGAGAGAGAGAGAGAGAGAGAGAGAGAGUUUCAAGGGAGGAGACAGAUAUGUCUAUGUUCUACCCAACAGUCAUAUUCUUUGCUUAUUCAUGCCUUGCCAGAUCCCAAAGGACACAUUGUUAGAGUUAGCAAUACCAACUCAUAACUUGGAAAAGAGAAUUUUCUAUCAAAGUUCCUUCCAGUCAAUGCCCCUUAAUGCUAAUUGCAUGUCGUGGAAUCCAAGUGAACGGCAAGUUUCACCGCCUUUAUCAAAGGAUGUGAGCUUUAAAGUGGAGCUUCCACCACAACUUCAUCAUGAUGCAAAGCAUUUAGGACUUCGAGUACAACCUGACCCCGGAUCAUGCACAACACAUUCAAUUGGUCAAUCUCAAGGUCAAUGCCUUUCAUCAGAAUCUGGUGAGGAUGAAACACGUGGUAAGGGUGUUGAAGGGACAAUGAAGCCAGCUUUCUUGAGUAAUCUAGAUCUCAUGCCGCAUCCUCCUCAAGUUGGUUACAGCAAUAUAGUGGGUCAAUUCCAUCCUUAUGCUGAACCUUACUACGGUGGAUUCCUGACUGCGUAUGGACCACAAGCUAUGCCCCCCAUGGUUGGGAUGGCACCUCCUCGAGUUCCAUUGCCUCUCGAUCUUCAAGAAGAUGGACCCAUUUAUGUCAAUGCAAAACAGUACCAUGGAAUCCUCCGAAGGAGACAGUCACGUGCAAAGUUGGAAGCUCAAAACAAACUUCUAAAAGCUCGAAAGCCAUAUCUUCAUGAGUCUCGGCAUCAACAUGCACUGAACAGGGUAAGGGGUUCUGGUGGACGUUUUCUCAGCAAAAAAGAGCUCCAACAAUAUGAUCAGAACCCCACCAGUGGCUCCAAUGAUCAUGUUUCGGGGUCUAUCAACUUGCAUCAGAAGGAUACACCGGAGAGAGAAAGUCAUCACUCGGGAAGCAGUGAUCUAGUCACUUCUGUUGCAAGUCACUCGGGCAUAACAAGUGUUUCCGGUACCAAUGCUAUCUUUCGGCAGCCCGAUCGCAGGUUCUCAGGUGGCGUGCCUCCCCACAUGAGUGGAGCCAUGCAAUUCAGUGGGGGGCUUAUGGGCAGUGGAAAUCAACACUGUGCUUCUUUUGUCCGGUGAGAGGUGGUCACGAAUCGUGACCAUGUCACCAGCUUGGCAAUUCAUCCUUGGCUUUGUCACUUCGACAUUCUACAUAUCUCUCUCUCUCUCAUGGAAGUGGCAUUUUGUAGACCCUGUAAUGUAAUGGGGUCUCUAUUAGUAGCGUGUCUUUUCAUCAUGAAAUCGUUAAACUACAGUAAAUGGGAUUCUGUUCAAAUUUCAGAUCGAUGUAUCUGACCUAAACGAGAAGUUUGGUUAUUACUAGUCAGUUCUUAUGAUAGAUGUGACAAUUUCUUUGGAUCGGAUAUGAACCAUAGCAUGAUAUUUGGGUUGUGA